GAAACAGGCAUUUAUCUUGAUACCUCAGAAUGUUUUACAGUUAUGACAUUCUGCACCCUCGUUCAGGCAAGCUGUCCAUUUUGUGGCUAGUUGCCACUGGCAGCUUCAAGUAUGACAAGAGACAGGAUAAAGACUUCAAUAAAGUCAUCAAUGUAAAUGUACCCAGAUCUUGCUCACAAAUUCUGAAGCAUGUGCAAAUCAAGAGAACUGGUGAUGAUGAGAAGCCCAGACAUCUUUCCUUGUACCUCUCGUCUAUGCUGAUGUAUGGGGUUGUGAAGAUCCAUGAGAGACAGGUUCUACUUCUUUACCAUGAAGCAGUCGAGUCCAAGAUCCGGCUCUGCCAGAACAGGAUUCUCAUUGACCUUCCUGAACACCACAUAGCUGCUGUGCUUCAAAGUGUUGAGCCCUGUGGCCCUCUGCUAUUGGCCCCGUGUGAUGUGCUCCCUGGAGCAAUUGAACUUGAUCCUGGGAAUAUUUCUCCAAGGAAGAUGGCUCCGGGAAAGGGACCGCUGGAGUAUGAUAGUCUCAGGCAGCUUACUUCGGAAAAAUCUUCGGGGAUGCAAACGCUGCAAAUGCUAGAGGAGGACUGGGAGCACCCAGCCCACGUCUCCGGCCCUCACUCUGUGGCUCACUUGGACGACAUCACCAUAAGAGAGGUGGACUUGCGCCAAGUUCCUGUAAGCUUGCCUGCAGAGAUAGAUUUCGGGCCGCCGUUCUCUGAGCUGCCUGAAGAUUGGAUGAGGACAGGGAUUCGUUCUGCCGUCCCUGAAAUAACCCUGACAGCCCCUGAUGUGCCUGCCCCUGAUGCGCCUGCUCCUGAUGCGCCUGCCCCUGAUGCGCCUGCCCCUGAUGCGCCUGCCCCUGAUGCGCCUGCCCCUGAUGCGCCUGCCCCCUGA